AUGUCUUCUUCAAAAAUAAAUUAUAAUAACAACACAAAUUCAAUCCACAAUAACAAACAAAAUUACGCCUAUCAAUCACUAGUCUUCCCUUUAGGCGCAAUUGCUGCAUUUGGAUUUUUAGCCAACCUAAUGCUUUUAAGCUAUAUAUGCUGCCGUCGAUUAUAUAGAAAUUUUGUUUCUUCCCAUUUUAUUGCCCAUCUUUGUGUUACUAAUAUGAUUGGGCUUGGAGUUUUGGUCCCCCUAUUUUUGGCAAAUUUGUGGUCUGGGACACAUUUAUGGCCUAAUAAUAAUAUGGCGUGUAGAAUUCAGACAUUUCUAAUGUGUUCCGAAUGGACGGUUGUUCACUUUAUGACCCUUUGCAUUGCUGGAGUUCAUUUACUUACAUUUGCUCGCAUUCAUUAUGCCCAACUUUUUGGCCUUCCCCCAGCUUAUUUAUGUGUGCUAGCGUGGAUAGUAGCAUUUACAAUUGCUUUGCCGUGUAUUACAAAUUCGCAUAUUGUGGUGCAUGAUCCGGUGCUCAGACAUUGUGUAUGGGGCAGUACAGAUUACAGCUACAAAUUUCUAACUUAUUUACUUAUUCUAUGUGUGGGCCUCCCUGUUGGCUUGUCAUAUUAUUCGUAUAUUAAAGUAUUAAAAAUACUUUAUCAUUCUCCUAUUGUGUUUCAAAGUAUUGGACUUUACAAAAGUCGAUUUUUGGUUUAUGCUUUUUUGGCAGGGCCUAUAUUUCAAGUCCCAUUUUAUGUUAUUACAAUGAGUGGAACGUGGCGCUUUGGCCUGGAUUCGGCAAUUCCUGUUUUGGCUAUGUUUUUGGGUUAUGCCCCCUCAGCUGUAUCUCCUCUACUUUAUGGACUUUCAUUAGCACAAAUGAAAGAGGAGGAUAUGGCUUUGACUGCUAGAGCACAUAAAAGUGUUAUGGGGGCACAAGCACAACAACAUCACCACCACCACCCUCACCAAAAUCAACAUAUUGGGCUUACACAGAAUUUAUAG